UGUUGCUGUGCAAUUAAAGACGGCCCUUUGUCCUAUUUUCAGCAGCUGAUUUAGUAUUAACAAGUGUUCCUGUGAGCCCAAAGGUGUCUGCGUGCGGCUCCGUGACAAUGUGGGCCCUUGUUCUCUGGAUUUUCGCUCUUCUUCUAGCCCUGGUUGCACUCUGUUUUAUCCUAUUCUGCGGAUAUGUCUUCUACAUGCACGAGAAAUAUGACCACAUUCCCGGCCCCCCCAGAGACAGCUUCAUCUUUGGACAUAUUCCCACAACAUUGAAGCUAAUCAAGAAAAAUGAGCUUAUGUAUGACUUGUUUUUAGAGUGGGUCCAGAAGUACGGCCCGGUCAUACGACUUAAUUUUUUACACAGGGUGCUUGUUCUGGUUGUCAGCCCAGAAGCAGUGAAGGAAUUUCUGAUGUCUCCAAAAUACACAAAGGACAGGUUUUACGAACGUCUGUUUAACAUGUUUGGCGUUCGGUUCAUGGGGAAAGGCUUAGUGACAGAUCGGGAUUAUGACCACUGGCACAAACAGAGGAGAAUUAUGGAUCCAGCGUUUAGUAGAACAUACCUGAUUGGAUUGAUGGCGCCCUUCAAUGAGAAAGCCGAGGACUUAGUGGAGAAGCUUGCGGAAAAGGCUAAUGGAAAAAGUGAGGUUGGGAUGCACGACAUGCUGUGCAGAGUCACUCUGGAUGUCAUCUCAAAGGUAGCUUUUGGGAUGGACCUGAAUUCCAUUGAAGAUGAUCAGACUCCGUUUCCUCGGGCCAUAUCCCUGGCUAUGAGAGGAUUAGUGGAAAUGAGAAACCCUUUUAUCAGGGCAAUUGAAGAGGGAGACGACAUUCCAGUGGAUAUACUCACACAGAUCCUCAAAGGGGAAGGUAAGUUAAAAAAAAUCUCAUCCCAGGAAGGUGGUUGUGACAUGGAAGGUUUGCUGGAUAAUUUUGUUACUUUCUUCAUCGCAGGGCAAGAAACAACUGCCAACCAGUUAUCAUUCACAGUGAUAGAAUUGGCACGGAACCCCGACAUUCUGAAAAAGGCCCAGGACGAAGUGGAUGAAGUUCUGGGUUCCAAAAGAGACCUUGACUACGACGAUCUUGGAAAGCUGCAAUAUCUGUCUCAGGUCUUGAAGGAAAGCUUAAGAAUGUACCCUCCUGCUCCCGGCACAUCACGUGCCCUAGAAGAAGAAACUGUUAUAGGGGGUGUGAGAAUUCCCGCUAAAACAUCCCUGAUGGUACAGAUGGAGGCGAAGGUGGUAAUGGCCAAGCUCCUGCAGAGAUUCGAGUUUGAGUUGGUAGAAGGACAAAGCUUCAAGAUUUAUGACACAGGCUCUCUGCGGCCCAUGGGCGGGGCAAUAUGUAGACUGAGGACCCGAACAAUCUCUGGAACCACAAAUAAAUAG